AUGAUGUCGCUUAAGCAAGAAAUCGAAAAAUGGGUGGAGGCUCUUGAUGCCUACGACAAUCAGGAAUUUGAAGAGGCCCUGCGGUGCUUCGUUCAGAUUGCCGAUACGUCGAAGAUAUUGUUCAAUUGCGGGGUGAUCUAUGCGACCCUAGGCGAGCACCAUAAAGCAGUAGAAUGCUAUCAACGGGCUGUCAGCCUGGACCAAUAUCUGGCAAUUGCCUAUUUCCAACAAGGUGUAUCCAACUUCUUACUCGGGGACUUUGAAGAAGCAUUGGCCAACUUUAAUGAUACCUUGCUCUAUCUGCGAGGGAAUACUUCAAUUGAUUACGAACAGUUGGGUCUUCUAUUCCGCCUCUACUCAUGUGAAGUUCUAUUCAAUAGAGGCCUCUGCUAUAUCUACCUCCGACAAAUGAACCCGGGCAUCCAGGACCUGGAGUAUGCGGCCAAGGAAAAGGUCACCCCAGAUCACGAUGUGAUUGAUGAUGCAAUUCGUGAGAAUGCAGACGGCUAUACAGUUUUCUCAAUUCCCGUAGGAGUUCUCUAUCGACCCAAUGCAGCUAAGGUCAAGAACCUCAAGACAAAGGACUACCUUGGGAAGGCCCGACUGGUCGCCGCAUCAGAUCGCAACCAGUCAUCAGAUCACCAAUGGAACCCACUACUCAUUGAGAAAGACGCUCACAAAGGACGCGAAGGUGUCCCAUUUGCCACGUCCAACUUGGUCCGCCAAAACCUCAGCAGUCGUACUCGCCAGCAGUCCGAACCACCCCUGAACCGCACCGUAUUCCCUCCAACACCACCGCCAGAUGAUCGAUCGACCAGCGCGGCAUCCGGUCACCAUCGUGCAUCAUCCCUCCGGGGCGCCCGCCCGCCACGUCUAGACCUGGAUCGCGCAGGCGCCAGUCUGGACCGUCGACCAAGCAUGCAAGACCUAGCCCCCGCAGAGAGACCGCGUAUAGGCACCACGCGGACUGCAUCAGAGCCCCGCGGCCCCUCCUCACGCUCAAACAACAUGCGUGGACACGGACAAGAGUCCAGCCGAAGCGGCUGGACCCGCGAGCAAACAAGCCACCGCAGGAACCUCAGUGACACCAACACCACCCCCACCAUGUCACCGGAAGCCGACUACGGCCACACAGGCACCUACGACCCUUACUCCAGUCAGCGCAACCUCGCACAGCACCCGAGCUGGGGCCGCGGUUCGCGCCACCAGCCACCGCAAUACAUCGACGAGGAGGAAGAAUAUGGCGAUGACGCAUGCGACAUCAACGACGGCGCAUUUGAGCUUGUCGGUGCUGCGCCCGGUCCGAGCCACUCCCAACGGCGUACGCGGUCUCCAGCACGGUAUUCCCGCCAUGCAAACGCGCGCAGACCGGAGAUUCAAAAGUUUAGAACGAAAGUUCAUGCCCCAGACGAUACACGGUAUAUCAUGAUUGGGCCGACGAUCGCGUUCGCGGAGUUUGAAAAACGUAUUCGUGAGAAGUUCGGGUUCAAGUGUCCGCUAAAGAUGAAGGUGCAAGAUGAUGGGGACAUGAUCACGAUGGUCGACCAGGAGGAUUUGGAUUUGUUGGUCAGUUCAGCGAAGGAAGUUGCUCGAAGGGAGGGGGAGUGA